GUUUUCCCAAAUAUGGAGUAAACAUGGUUCUAUUGAUCAGGUAAGGUUGCAGGGUCCUGCAGACUGAAGUGUGACUUUGGGAUUUUUUUGAAAUGUCCAUAUUAAAGCCGCGAUUGAAACAGCGCAGCCUUUAUUUAAAAAAUUCGCCCCUUAAAGCUCUAACAAAACAAAAAUUUGACAGUUUUACGAAACAUGGAGCAACCUUGGCUCUAUUGAAUGAGUAAAGGUGUAAAUCCCUGCAACUGAAGUCUGAUUUUUGGAAAAUUAAAAAAUUGUGUAUACAUAUUGAAUCUGCAGUUAAAACAAUUCAGGCUCUGUUUAAAAAAAUCGUCCUUUGAAGCUCUAAUGAACUAGAAAGUUGCCACUUUCCCUCAAUAUAAAGCAACCAUGGCUCUAUUGAACAGAUAUAAUUAUAGUGUUGUGCAGACUCAAGUGCAAGUUUUAAAAAUGGAAAUCAGUGCGGCUCUACUUCAAAAACUCGCCAUGUGAAGCUGCAGGCAGAUAGAUAAUGGUUGAUUGCACCGGUUUUGCCACAGCUAAGACUAGAAACUUGUGACGAAAAUGCAGCAAAGCCAACCCUGUCCACAAAUCAGAUACAGUCCAUCAAUUCAACCCGCGGUCGCAAAUUUACUACCCUCAACACCACGUGCUAUAUACGGGGUGUCAACACGUAUUCAGCCCUUCCUGCGGAUGGACUUGGGGGCCGCCUGCUUGCCACCCCCAAAAUGAGCGCGUCCAGCCCUCAUGUGCAAGUUCAUCUUCCUGCUACCACCAAACAAUUGCCUGUCCAUCUCCCGGGAAACCGGCAGUCAAUCGGUACUUGUCAAAAAGACACCGCGCUUCGAAGUGGUUCUGGCGAUUUUCCAGUUGGUGGCAAACGGAAUCGUGUAUGGUGCGGAAAAUGGAAGUGCAGCACCAGUCACCACUUAAUAGUCUGCUUCCGGAUCCUGGUGCGUCUCCUAUUUCCGGAUCCUCCUCGGAAAGUCUGGUCGGCGAUUGGACGUCACCCCUAAUCCCUCUGUCUCCUACGCGAAGUUUCGAGUCCAAAUCAGCGCUCAGCUCACCUGGAGCCUUGCUGGUGCCUGGACGUGUUACUGCAAGCGUCUCCAUUCCACAAGGCGCCAUGACGGUAAACAUCGAACCCUUGAUGUUGUUAGGGAAAAGCGACGUACAACAGAUUUCUGCAGGAGUCACCUGCUUCGGCACGCUGGAUCUGGACAAAAAGUCCAAGAGCGUGUGGAACCCGGAGGUUCAUUGGGUGCGGGCGGUGAAGCUGAGCGACGACUGUCACACCUACAAUGUGCAGCUGAAGUUCCAGCCUUCAUAUAGGAUUUAUCAAACGUCCAGGGGCAGGCAGCAGCCGAAAUUGGUCCUGCAAGCCGUCAGAAAUAUAGAACCGGGCCAGGAACUGCAGCUCUGGUUUUCCGAGGAUAUUUUGGCCAUGCUUCAGGUGGUUUUCCUCAAUCCUUCCAAUAUACAAGGCGAAAACAAGUACACCUGCUUGCGAUGCUCCACCCUUUACGAGUCGCCCAAUCCCCUCAAGUUGCAUAUCACACUGGCGUGCGGCAAACUGCCCAUUUCCGCGCUGUGGGAGCGUCUGGCCGCCCUGAUGAGGGACCCGCAGUUUGCCCGAAACGUUGGGCCAAAAAUCAGCGACUUCGACUUCAAACUGACUGUCCCGGACCCGAUUUCCAAGCAGAAAAUCGCCCUGGAUUUAACAGUGGGCGGCAUCAGCUCCCAACCAACCAAAGCAAUUUACCGGCCGUAUACCGGGUGUUCGGCCUUCAAGCCGUUUAAGAAGCAAAGCAUUGAGUUAACCGGGAAUACUAGCCCCAGCCUCAACCCCCGGCCAGGUCAAGAGGUGCCAGCCUUGUGGCCAGUGACCUUCGAAACAGAUGUAGUGCAGCUGCAUCGGAACUUGAUGCACAACCAGGCCUUGAACAAUACACAGGCCAUCUAUACGGAUGAUGCGCGCAUUGAAUGUCUGGUAAGCAGCUUGGGCAAGGCCAAGCAAGGGCACAUUUGCCUCUACUGCGGCAAGUGCUACUCCCGAAAAUACGGGCUUAAGAUCCACAUCCGGACCCACACAGGGUACAAGCCGUUGAGGUGCAAGUUUUGCGACCGCCCCUUUGGAGACCCCAGCAACCUGAACAAGCACGUCAGGCUGCACGCGGAAGGAAACACCCCUUACAAAUGCGAUCUGUGCGGCAAGAUUUUGGUCCGGAGGCGUGACCUAGAGAGACACUUGAAGAGCCGACACAUGGUGGACUUGCAUCCAGGGGAGAAUCUAGUUCCAGACUCUCCGGCCUCCACCAGCAGUGAGGCGGCGCUAGCUGCGGAGGAGCCAGUCAGUUCCUGUGAGGACUCGUUUCAGGAGGAUGAAGAGGAUGUGACACUGAUCAAGUACGACCAGACUGGAGAGGCCGAUGUGAACUAGGACCAAUCAAAGGGCUCAAGUGCUUUGUACAUACAUUUUGUUAUUGUUAUAUAAAUUUUAUUAUUCACUUUAA